UCACAUCCUCACCGCAUGAGUGUUCGACACCAACUGACGAUAUGCAGUUUUAAUAGCCCUGCCAGAUAGAGCACGUUACGUGCGUUCCGACGAAGCAUUCAACUGACAAGGCGUACGAAACGCAUAGGUACUCCACAAUGAAAGCGUUGUCACAUGUAAACAAGUCAGCUGUUUUGUACUGGCGGCAAAUUUUUCUUUGAAUACAAAAUAAGUCUAUAUUUUUAGUUGGGCUAAUAUUUGUGAAGAAGAUAAAAAAAAUGGAAGUAAUUCAAGUUAUUUUAAUAUUGCUCAUGUUGCUGGAAGCCAGAGAAUGCUUCAACAGGCUUUAUGGAGGCCGUAGAUGGUGGGUGCGACCUCCCCUACAGAAUCGGGACACUCACGGAUUUUUCGCCACGAAUUUUGGAUUCAGGGAGGAAUUUAAGAAAAAUAUAAGGAUGGAAAAGCACAUUUUUGAAAUGCUUCUUAAUUUUAUUAAGGAAAGGAUCACUAGAAACAAUUCUAAUAGGCCAUCCAUUUCUCCAGAAUGUCGACUUUACUUGACCCUCUGUUAUUUGGCUCACGGAGGAAGUAAACAGUUUUAUGCUUCUUCCUUUAAAAUUGGACUUUCCACAAUGAAGGAAAUAGUGGCAGAAACGUGCGAUGCCUUGUGGGAGAUACUUGGGCCAAUUUAUUUGUCGAUUCCUAAGAAGGAUGAGUGGAAGCGUAUCGCUAUCGAUUUUAAUUCCAUGUGGAAUUUACCCAAUUGUAUUGGUGCAAUUGAUGGCAAGCACAUAAAGAUAUUUUGCCCAUCAAACUCAGGUUCCCUUUUUUAUAAUUAUAAAGGGAACUAUUCCAUUGUUCUGCUGGCGGUGUGUGAUGCGAAUUAUACUUUCACUUGCAUUGAUAUUGGAGCUUACGGCUCGCACAGUGAUGGUGGCGUUUUAUGA